UAAUGCUGUCACUGUAUAUACCCAUUAUGAGCAAACGCAAAUUUGCAUUGCGAACCUACUUUAACCUGCUAAUAAGCAAUUACGGUUCGUUGGAUCGAAGCCAAUUUUCUGGCUCUCGUUUUCGCUUUAUUGUUAAUUGGUAAUUCGGUAUUUAUAACAUUUUCUGCCUUCUGUUAUCAACUUAUCAGCAACGUCAGGACUUCUAGUCAGAGUGCAUUUCUGCCAAUCUGCCCGUGGCAAACCCGCCGUUGACGAAGGAUAUUUGAUCGUGCCGCGAGCGGCAUCUAUGACGUUGGCACCAUCCAGGUGACUCCUUUGUCGACUUCGUAGGGUUCACUAUCACAUUGCCAUGCUCAAAUCAAAGUGGCUCGAUUCUGCCUGGUUUUCCGGAUUACUGUUUGCGCUACUUCCAGCUAUCGAAUGUGGUGGCGGACACGCCCGCGACAUGAUCGCAUCACUACUCCCCGACCGCACCGUCGCCCAGGGCGACACUGUUACUUUCAUCUGCGAUGUAAUGAAAAGCAACGGCACACACUGGCGGCACAAGGAUAAGCCGAUUGAUUUCACGGAGAGGCCGCGCUGGACUGUCACCUCUCCGAAUUAUCCGCACAAGCACACCGGAAUGCACACGCUGACCAUUAGCAAUGUGCAGCCGGAGGAUGCCGGCAGAAUUACCUGUGUGGCCGAUCCUGUGAAGCCGGACCAGAGAAACGCUACAGUCUGGGCACUACUACGAGUUGUCAGUUAUACGAUUAACGGAAAACCAGUUACAUCCGAGAACGUGCGAGUUACCGCCGGAGACCGUGUCAGUUUGGCGUGUUCCGUCCGAGGCCGGAAGCCUUUACCGUCCCUGGCAUGGUACCGCAACCGCAUCGAAAUGAGAGACAUCGAUUGUGAGCCAUCGAUAGUCAGAUUUCCUGAAGGUUGUCAGUUGACGAAGGAUAACAAGACCGGUCGCGUUACGUGGCGCUUUAAGGCUACGGAGAAUCUGUUUGAGGAUUACCUCACCUGCAAGGCUCAAGAUGACACGGAAGGACUGGGGAACACUGCUGGCCCUGUCGUUACGCUGCCAUAUUUCCAGCUGAAUAUUAAAGCUCGGCCUAGAACUAAAAUUGCUGCCAAACGGAAAAAAACACAGCAACAUCCAUUAAUUAACACACCGUCAUCCGCAGCCGCACAAGCGACUGUGGUUCCUGCAUCUCCAGUGGCGGAAGAUCCUGAUCCUGUUGCAUUAACUACCACAGCAACAACCCCAUUCAGCCAACCGUCACCCGCAACCGCAUUAGCGACAGAUAAACCUGCGUCGGAGUUUACUGCAGAUCCUGACCGUCCCGUCUCAACUGCCACGUCAACAACAGCGCCCAGUGCGGUUCCGGUGGAUUCCACGUUGGCCGGCUGGUGGAGUCCACAGAGGCCAGUUCCACAGUGGAAAACCAUCGACGCAGAGGGUGCUGUUACGCUGUCACCGGUUCAAGCGGACGCCGCCAUCGUUCCGAAAGUUACCGGUCCGCGUACGGCGUUGGACGAUGUGAAGAAGUCCCCUACCACGGCCUUCUCCUUACAUCCCGGAUUGGCUGCUGGUGGCUAUCGCGACGGUGUGCGUGGGUAUUGCGCUGCUCUCCGUGUGUUUUGUGAUCAUGUUUGUCUGGGAGAAAAGACGCCAUAAUCCAGACAGACGACGGCGCAGGAUGCAAGGAACACCGUCAUCGUCGCCCAUAGUUAAUCCGACCCGGCGUCAAGCGGUGGAGAACGUGUACACCCCGAUGCCACGCCGGCCGUCGGUGUCGUCCGCUACCUGCCUCUUGACCGACACGCCGGUUUCGGUGAAAACGCCGAUGGUCUCCUUCGCAUCGAAAACGACUAUCCCCGCCUACCGGGCGCACGGUGCGGAAUGCGCCAACUUUGUCUAGACGCCUUGUGAAUGAACGACACUUCCACUGGUGAAAUAGAGCAGAGUUUAGAUUGUGCCUUUGCAUCUGCAUGAGGGGUGCAUGCGGUUUUCAAUUCCAUAGUUGGUCUUCUGUUUUUUUUUACAAUUUUUUUCAUAGGAAAGCAUGCGCUUUUUAAGUUUCUAUCAAAGCGGUUUUUAAUAGUUUGAACAUUUCGCAAUCUCUGCAUGUGUUGACAGAAUAAAAUUAAUUAGCUG